CAAUUGGCGGAGCAGGGUUAUAUGCGGUACAAUAUUCCGGGUCGUCUCUCUACCCUAGGAUUCGAUGUUGCCCGACAGCAGGGCGUCAUCACCAAAUCCCAGGCGGUCAGAUUCGAUCGGAUACACGGCAUGGAAGACCCCGUGGAGAUUCUCGAGGGCACUCUCCACAUCGACAUCCACGCCAAACAUGUUCGUGACGUGGAUGAUGGCCUUUCUGUGAUCGGUUACCUUGACGAUUGGAACGAGAGUCAGGCCCAGCUCCAGACCGCUCUCCAGACCAUCGAGAUCAUUACUGACGAGAAGAACAGUUUGAACCGGGACCUACAGUCUGUUCGUGACGAAUUGGAGGCAAUGAAGGCCGCCCACGAGACUGCUGCAACUAUGACAGAGUUGUCUAAAACUGUUAGGCCUGUUCCGAUGCUCACAGUGGACGUCCCUACAGGUCCACCAGGCCAGACACGUGUCAGCACUACUACGCUACUCAGUCCCUUGGGUCAUGGCAGUGCUACACCGGCGACGGCUCAUGAAACGGACGGAGAAGAUGGGGAGGACCAACCCAAUGCGUCCUCUCCUAUGGACACCGGUCGAGAUGGUUUUGGUGACAACCAUCUCGUUCGUGCACAGGGUUCCGCCCGACUCGCCUUCCAGAAUAUUAACACUACUCCCGACGAGUCAGACGACCUUAAACAAGCACAACUCAACCACUGGAUUCGAAGCGAAUGUGUGGACUUUUUACUUCUGGCUGAAUUGAACAAAUUCUGGCCAGUAAUUACACCAACCAACCAAUGGCGUCAACGAGCCAGCACUAUGGCUAGGAAGGGCGAAGGUUUCCAUUCGGCGGUGGCCUACAAUACCCAUCAGCCACGGGCGGCCCAUUCUACCACUCAAUUUGGGGGCUGCUCGACUUCUGCCUUCAACGAAGUAUCUCACCAAGUCCGGUCCAGUGGCGACGAUAGCUUGGGGCGAUGGGCUUGGAUACGUCUUCAGGGCCAAACACGAGGCGUUGGCCAGCGCGACUUGGUGGUGCUCUCUGCCUACCGUCCAAACCCACCAAACGACGGGCAUCAAACAGUGUGGUUCCAACAUAAGGCCCACUUCAGCCGCACCAACCGCGAUGCAGAACCCAGGGAAGCUUUCAUCAAGGACCUCUCGACGGCAAUCAACAAAUGGCGCGACGACGGCUGUUCUAUCAUCUUGGGCAUCGAUGCCAACGAUGACUUAUCCUCCUACUCCCCGAAGUCUUUCCGUUUUCGGAUGAGCGAAGUAGGACUGGUCGAAGCGAUCCAGUCCAAACACCCAGGGUCCCAUCAGGCCACUUACCAGCGGAACCAACCUACGAAAUCCACCCAUGUUCCACGCCGGCUGGUGAUGCACAACAAACGGGUGGUUCAACGAUAUGUCCAAUUGGCGGAGCAGGGUUAUAUGCGGUACAAUAUUCCGGGUCGUCUCUCUACCCUAGGAUUCGAUGUUGCCCGACAGCAGGGCGUCAUCACCAAAUCCCAGGCGGUCAGAUUCGAUCGGAUACACGGCAUGGAAGACCCCGUGGAGAUUCUCGAGGGCACUCUCCACAUCGACAUCCACGCCAAACAUGUUCGUGACGUGGAUGAUGGCCUUUCUGUGAUCGGUUACCUUGACGAUUGGAACGAGAGUCAGGCCCAGCUCCAGACCGCUCUCCAGACCAUCGAGAUCAUUACUGACGAGAAGAACAGUUUGAACCGGGACCUACAGUCUGUUCGUGACGAAUUGGAGGCAAUGAAGGCCGCCCACGAGACUGCUGCAACUAUGACAGAGUUGUCUAAAACUGUUAGGCCUGUUCCGAUGCUCACAGUGGACGUCCCUACAGGUCCACCAGGCCAGACACGUGUCAGCACUACUACGCUACUCAGUCCCUUGGGUCAUGGCAGUGCUACACCGGCGACGGCUCAUGAAACGGACGGAGAAGAUGGGGAGGACCAACCCAAUGCGUCCUCUCCUAUGGACACCGGUCGAGAUGGUUUUGGUGACAACCAUCUCGUUCGUGCACAGGGUUCCGCCCGACUCGCCUUCCAGAAUAUUAACACUACUCCCGACGAGUCAGACGACCUUAAACAAGCACAACUCAACCACUGGAUUCGAAGCGAAUGUGUGGACUUUUUACUUCUGGCUGAAUUGAACAAAUUCUGGCCAGUAAUUACACCAACCAACCAAUGGCGUCAACGAGCCAGCACUAUGGCUAGGAAGGGCGAAGGUUUCCAUUCGGCGGUGGCCUACAAUACCCAUCAGCCACGGGCGGCCCAUUCUACCACUCAAUUUGGGGGCUGCUCGACUUCUGCCUUCAACGAAGUAUCUCACCAAGUCCGGUCCAGUGGCGACGAUAGCUUGGGGCGAUGGGCUUGGAUACGUCUUCAGGGCCAAACACGAGGCGUUGGCCAGCGCGACUUGGUGGUGCUCUCUGCCUACCGUCCAAACCCACCAAACGACGGGCAUCAAACAGUGUGGUUCCAACAUAAGGCCCACUUCAGCCGCACCAACCGCGAUGCAGAACCCAGGGAAGCUUUCAUCAAGGACCUCUCGACGGCAAUCAACAAAUGGCGCGACGACGGCUGUUCUAUCAUCUUGGGCAUCGAUGCCAACGAUGACUUAUCCUCCUACUCCCCGAAGUCUUUCCGUUUUCGGAUGAGCGAAGUAGGACUGGUCGAAGCGAUCCAGUCCAAACACCCAGGGUCCCAUCAGGCCACUUACCAGCGGAACCAACCUACGAAAUCCACCCAUGUUCCACGCCGGCUGGUGAUGCACAACAAACGGGUGGUUCAACGAUAUGUCCAAUUGGCGGAGCAGGGUUAUAUGCGGUACAAUAUUCCGGGUCGUCUCUCUACCCUAGGAUUCGAUGUUGCCCGACAGCAGGGCGUCAUCACCAAAUCCCAGGCGGUCAGAUUCGAUCGGAUACACGGCAUGGAAGACCCCGUGGAGAUUCUCGAGGGCACUCUCCACAUCGACAUCCACGCCAAACAUGUUCGUGACGUGGAUGAUGGCCUUUCUGUGAUCGGUUACCUUGACGAUUGGAACGAGAGUCAGGCCCAGCUCCAGACCGCUCUCCAGACCAUCGAGAUCAUUACUGACGAGAAGAACAGUUUGAACCGGGACCUACAGUCUGUUCGUGACGAAUUGGAGGCAAUGAAGGCCGCCCACGAGACUGCUGCAACUAUGACAGAGUUGUCUAAAACUGUUAGGCCUGUUCCGAUGCUCACAGUGGACGUCCCUACAGGUCCACCAGGCCAGACACGUGUCAGCACUACUACGCUACUCAGUCCCUUGGGUCAUGGCAGUGCUACACCGGCGACGGCUCAUGAAACGGACGGAGAAGAUGGGGAGGACCAACCCAAUGCGUCCUCUCCUAUGGACACCGGUCGAGAUGGUUUUGGUGACAACCAUCUCGUUCGUGCACAGGGUUCCGCCCGACUCGCCUUCCAGAAUAUUAACACUACUCCCGACGAGUCAGACGACCUUAAACAAGCACAACUCAACCACUGGAUUCGAAGCGAAUGUGUGGACUUUUUACUUCUGGCUGAAUUGAACAAAUUCUGGCCAGUAAUUACACCAACCAACCAAUGGCGUCAACGAGCCAGCACUAUGGCUAGGAAGGGCGAAGGUUUCCAUUCGGCGGUGGCCUACAAUACCCAUCAGCCACGGGCGGCCCAUUCUACCACUCAAUUUGGGGGCUGCUCGACUUCUGCCUUCAACGAAGUAUCUCACCAAGUCCGGUCCAGUGGCGACGAUAGCUUGGGGCGAUGGGCUUGGAUACGUCUUCAGGGCCAAACACGAGGCGUUGGCCAGCGCGACUUGGUGGUGCUCUCUGCCUACCGUCCAAACCCACCAAACGACGGGCAUCAAACAGUGUGGUUCCAACAUAAGGCCCACUUCAGCCGCACCAACCGCGAUGCAGAACCCAGGGAAGCUUUCAUCAAGGACCUCUCGACGGCAAUCAACAAAUGGCGCGACGACGGCUGUUCUAUCAUCUUGGGCAUCGAUGCCAACGAUGACUUAUCCUCCUACUCCCCGAAGUCUUUCCGUUUUCGGAUGAGCGAAGUAGGACUGGUCGAGGCGAUCCAGUCUAAGCACCCAUAUAUAUAUAACUGA